AUGAUAAUAUUUUUAACAGGCACACAAUCUCCAGCAGGCAGUCGCAAAGAGCGGACUGCGUUCACGAAGGCCCAGAUUCGAAGCUUGGAAGCAGAAUUUACACGAGCCAACUAUCUGACACGACUGCGCCGGUAUGAGAUAGCGGUCGCAUUGCAUUUAACAGAAAGACAGGUUAAAGUAUGGUUUCAGAACAGAAGAAUGAAGUGGAAGCGGACGAAGGGCGCGAGCAAACAUCAAAAGAAGAAGGAUGCUAAUAGUACUAAUUAA